AUGAGCCUCCACCCCGUUGUCGACGAGCGUUCUCAGACGAUUAUCGACCAGCUCAACUGCCCUGCUUUCAAUGAGCUGUUGCUGGACGCGAUAGAGCUCAUGAGGCCAUCCUCCCUUUACAUCCAGACGAGUUCCAAGGAGGAAAUCGACUACGCCCGCUCGAACGCUCUUGCACAGGGCGAGGAGCAUCAGCUCGCCAUGCCUGGCCAUACUUACCACUUCGAUAGUCCGGAUGACCAGGGUCGUGAUAAGAAGAACACUCUCAUUCUUCUUGACGAUCAGACUGGACUGGACGCAGAUGUCAUGACCCGCGACCGCAAGGAAGGCACUGCACAUGUCCGUGAGAUAAUGAAGGGCUGUAUGGAGGGCAAGCAGAUGCUUAUCGCCUUUUACUGCCUUGGGCCUGUCAAUUGUUCGUUCUCCAAAACGGCAGUCCAAUUCACUGACUCGUGGUACAUUCUUCACUCUGAGAAUGUUCUGUACCGCAAUGGCUUCGCACAGAUGGUGAAUAGGCACAUGAAGGAGACGUCUGCCAACCGCUCGUUUUAUGCAUUCUACCACUCUGUGGGCAGAACAGACAGCGCAAACAGGCCUGUCGACAUUGACAAGCGUCGAAUAUAUAUCAAUCCUGUCGAGCAUCUUGUAUAUACCAUAAAUAAUUCAUAUGCUGGGAAUGCCCUCGCGUGCAAGAAGCUUGCUCUUCGCUUGGCAAUCUACGACUCGAAUCAUCACCCAGAGAAGAACAACCUUACGGAGCACAUGUUCCUUUCCACCUUCGCCAAUCCGUGUAUCCCCAAUGACAAGCUUAACGUUUGUGGUGCAUUCCCAUCUGCGUGUGGGAAGACCUCCACGUCCAUGGCCCCAGGCUCAUCCAUCAUUGGUGACGACAUGGUCUACAUGCAGAUUGUCGACGAUAACAUGGGUAUCCGCCGAUGCAAGGCUGUCAACAUCGAGACAGGGAUGUUCGGGAUCAUAUCAGGUGUCAAUCCGAGUGACGAUCCCCUCAUCUAUGAUUGCCUGACUAGCGAGCGUGAGUGUAUCUUUUCCAACGUCCUAGUUGGGGAGGAUGGGAGACCCUACUGGGAUGGGAUGUAUUAUGGCAAGAGCAAGAACGACAUGGUCAACGAGCCUGGUCUUCUUCCGAGCAGUGGGCGAAAUUAUAAGGGGACCUGGACGAAGCCUGAGCUUCCUAUCAUGCACGGAAAUGCCCGCUUCACACUCAACCUUAAGGAACUCCGCAACGUUUCUCCGGAGCUGGACAAUCCGGAUGGUGUGGACGUAGAUCUCAUCCUCUACGGCGGCCGCGACUCCAACACAUGCCCCCCUGUUUAUCAGGCGCAUAACUGGGCUCAUGGCGUUUAUAUUGGAAGCUCCAUUGAGUCAGAGACAACCGCUGCGACUCUGGGCACCCAGGGUGUCGUUGUGUCGAACCCUAUGGCGAACCUCGACUUUCUGAUUGUCCCCGUACCGAUGUAUCUUGAGAACCACGUCCGCUUUGGUAGACUUCUCGGCUCACGUGCGCCAAAGGUUUUCGGUGUCAACUAUUUCCUGAAAGAUCCCACCACCGGAGAGUAUCUCAACUCCAAACUUGAUAAGAAGGUGUGGGUUGCGUGGGCAUGCGGGCGUACACGUGGACACUACAGAGCCAAGUGCACACCUAUUGGGUGGAUCCCUUAUUACGAGGACCUUAAGAGCCUAUUCCGCUCUGAGCUCGACACAGAUUAUACAGAAGAGCAAUACAACAUUCAGUUUACAAUCAAUGUCGAAAAUUACAUUCAGAAGAUGGUUAGGAUCAUGAAGCUCUAUGGUGGCAAACAGGCGCCCACUGAGUGGGUGAUAAUGGAGUGCCGUGUCAUGCGGGCCCUAAAGAAACUCCUAGCAGAGAAGGGGUCUGCUGUUAGUCCUUCUGCUUUUGACGACUAUGAGAGUCAGUCAUGGUUCGAUAGGGCAUUUGUGGAGGAGUGA